UUCUCUCUCUCUCUCUCUCUCUCUCUCUCUCUCUCUCUCUCUCUCUGGGCGUUUGGGUUUCCUACACUACGGUACAAGAGUUCAAGUUCCAUGCAUUUCCCUCAAUAUCUGAGAGACAUGGUUAGGAAUAGAAAGUAGAGAGGCUCUUCAAUUGAAUAUCAGAGCCCUUCCCAUGUUAUUCAUGGUCUUUUAAAGGGAUUAUUGCAGUUGAAAGAAGUCUUCCAUGGCUACCAAGAUGAAAGGGAUCUUUAAAGGGAUCAAAUACAUCUCCCAAAUCUUUGCAGUUUAUAAGGAGCAUGAGAUGGAGAUUGGGUACCCAACGGAUGUAAGACACGUGUCACAUAUAGGGUGGGAUGGCACAUCUGUGAAUGCACCAAGUUGGAUGAAUGAGUUCAAGACAGCAUCCGAUUUUUCAUCGACACAGCUAAGUCACUUUGGCCAUUCAAGGGAUCCGAGUUGUGUGGGCGUUGCCUCAUGGUCUUCUCAAGAUUUUCAGCAAUCUAUGGGAGUACAUCCAGCGUCGGCGAUCUUCGCAGACUCUCCAAGUGAUCUACCAAAAAUUCCUAAGAAAAUGAGGCGAAAGAAGGGUAAGGAUUCAUCUCCACCGUCGUCCUCAAGAUGACGAUCAUCGAAGUCGAAAGGUUCAUUCGCCGCAGAGGAAUCUGAAGGAAUGGAAAACCCGUUUGGAAUAAUGUGAGAAAUGAGUAGCAAUCUAUGGAUUGAAUUCCCACAUUUUCGGGUUUUUUCGGAUGUAUACAUUGAAAGAGUAAGACACAAAGAUUUGAAAAAUUCAACUUGUGUGAAGCCCAAAAGAAGGCCCAAUUCUUUUUUGUGGGUUUAGGUUCUUAAAAUCACUGAGUUGAGGUGUCUACACCUGAGUUAACUCAGAAUGACUCACUAUGUAAGCCAUUAGCCAUAAGAUGAGGAGAAAUGCUGGUAGUAAACA